AUGAAUCGUCGCCUCGACGAGGUCGAUUCGAAAGUUCAUCGCGCCACCAGCUCAGCUCCGGAAUUGACGAAAGCACUCGCCGAUACCCGAAGAAGCCCGCUCACCCGCAGGCUCCGCCAGAUUGAACUACACGAAAGAGUUCGACUCAAAAUCGACUCUUACACCGGCGAAGAAGACCCCAAGAAGUGGCUAACCGCGUUCAACCUCGCCAUGAGGAGGGAGAAAUACAAAUCUUACGAUGAAAGGGAGGCCAACUACUGUCAAGUAUUCGUCGAGCACAUGGCGAAAGAUGCCUUGACCUGGUUCUCUAACCUCCCCGCCGAGUCGAUCGAUAACUUCGACGACCUAACCAAUGCUUUUCUGAAGCAUUACUCCAUGCACAUGACCCGAAUCACUCGGAACAUGUUCACCACAACGCAAACCCAAGGCGAACCAUUGCGCAGCUUUAUGGAAAGGUUCAAACAAGCAGCUCGCGAUACUGGCGACAUGCCCGAUAGCGUCCCGCUGGAAGCACUCCGCAACGGCCUCUGGUACGACUCCAAGUUUAAGGAGGAUUUGUCACUAAAACCCCCUGCGACUCUGGAGGACGCGUUCCACCGCUCUCGGAACUACAUCUUCCUCGAGGAAGACCAGCGCUUCUACGCCGAGAAACAUGGAGAUAGGAGGGCAACCUCGUCGAAACCCAGAGAGAACCCAUGGAGGCACGAAGAAGACACGAUCCGAAGAGGUCUCUCCUCACAGCGUUCGCAGCAGCCGACGACGAGUCCGAGCAAGAACACGCAGCGGCCGUUUCGAUGCCACAAGACAUCAACUCGCUCGGAGAUGACAACGAUACCAAAGCUUUCUGCAAGUCCCAAGGAAAAAGCUUCCCGCCGAGACCACCAAAAUCUGGGCAAGGAGAAGCGCGGACGACAACCCCGUCCGAGGAAGGAUGCAGAAAAGGCGGAAGCCCCGCUUGGGAAAAGGAAUCGUGAUGACCACGACGACCUACCUCCACCACCGAAGCGACAAGUCAGCAUGAUCAUGGGAGGCCUCCUGGAUAACGACGAUUCCAUAUCGGCGAUCAAGGAAUACGAACGAAAGGCCGUCGCGGCACAACGCUACCCGUAUAUCCAUAAAGGGAUCCCUACAUCUCCUUUACGGAUAAGGAUGCAAGCGGGCUGGACAUCCCUCACCUCGACCCACUCGUAA